GUUUUGUUUUGGUUUUUUUUUUUUGUUUUUGUUUUUGUUUUUUUGGCAAAGAAGAUUUCUUUCCAAUCCGUUCGAUACUUUGCUUCCCUGUCCCCUGAAUUUUCUCUGCUGCCCUAGCGCCUAUUGUCGACCAGAGAGUUAGCAUUGCCGCCGUCCGCCGUCGACCUGAAGCUGGGGCUUGGUUCACGAUCAAGGAUAACAACUCUUGGAUUGUUUUUGCAGUGAGUGCUGUCAUAUUAAACUGCCAUGCUUUUGUGCGAAACGUAUGGGCGGUAAUUCUAUUUUGAUUGAUCUCAUGCUUCAUUUUUUUCCCAACAUCUCGCUUCUCAGAGGUAAGGUGCCACAAGCAGUGACACGAUGCUGGGAAUUUCGUCUGGAGAGCUGUUGUUGUUGAUGGGAGCUGCUGCUGCUGCGAUCGGCACAAAGGAUUUGCCAAAUAUUGCUAGAGUGGCGGGAAGGCUAGCUGGCCGAGCUAUUGGGUACGUGCAGUUGGCUCGUGGCCAAUUCGACUCUGUUAUGCAGCAAACUCAAGCUCGCCAGGUUCAUAAGGAAUUGCAGGAUACAAUGGCCCAGCUAGAUGCCAUACGGCAUGAAAUUCGAAGCAUAUCAAUCAUCAAUCCUAGCCCUAUGACCCGGAGGCUUGUGGAUAAUAUUGACCUCAAAUCUCUCUCAGAUGACAAUAGGAAACUAGAAAACAUUAGUCGGGAGAAUAACUCAGUAUCCACUGUUUCCAAGGAUUCUGCUCCACUGCCUUCAGAUCCAUGCAAUAUGCUUAGUCAAACUACUAUUGGUUUUGGAAAUAGGAAACCAGAAAACAUUAGUGGAAAGAAUGACUCAGUACCCUCCAUUAUCAAGGACUCUGCCCUACCAUCCUCAGGUUCAUGCAAUAUGCAUUCUCAAGCAACCACCUAUGCCAGAUUAGCUGAGUCUCCUGCCAUAAAGAAUAAUCUGUCAACUUGUAAUACUGAAGUGAAGAUUGGCAAUGAACUGCAGCUAACUGUCAUUCCAAUAUCUGCUGAAGAUACUGGACUGUCACCAAAUCGUGGAGCUGAUGUGAAAGGAUCUGACAUUGUUUUGGAAGCAAUUCUAGAGGCUGAGGUGGCUCAUAAUGCAAAGGAAUUCUUUUCACAGCCCCAAAGCCAAAUCUGAAAGGGCUUAAAGUUAUCUACUCCACUCUCCUUACAAGUGCUUCUUGUGUUUUUUUUUUUGUACAUAUGCAAACUAUCUCAAAUGAUUUUCUAUUGUUUUUCUUUCAAUAGGUGUGACACCCACUUUUUUUUGUAUGCGCUCAUUUCAGAUUUUGUCUCUACGUAUAUGUCCACACAUCUAUCUCAACAUUCUUAUCUUGAUUACUCUAAUUUUAUGCUCUUGCUGUCCUGUUAAAGACCAACAGUUACCACUAUAUAAUACUAUUGGUUUUAUGACAGGUUGAUAAAAUUUUUCUUUAAAUUUAUUAGGUACCUUACGAUGCAAAUAACUCCUUUAGCCUUUUGUCAAUUAAACCACCCAACUUGUAUCCUAUAUGUAAUAUCUCCAUCAAUUUCCUCAUUAUAUUGAAUAAUCGCUUUCAAAUAUUUGAACUUUUCCACUUAAUGUAUAAUUUGAUCAUCCAAUUUUACUUUCAAAUUACCACUCCACUAACUUCUCAUCAAAAUUACAAUGUAGAUAUUCCGUUUUACUCUUACUCAAGUAGAAAUCUUUUAACUUCAAUAUCCUCUUCUAUAAUUCAAGUAGAUGUUCAAGGUAGAAAAUGUCUAGCAGUCUAUGGGCUGAAAAAUUGUUGACCGUUACCUUUGGAAGAAAAUAUGGGGCUAAUAUUUCCUGUGACACUGGCAACUGACAAAGUAGUCAUUUGUUUAAACUUUUUUCCUUGCACAAAUAGCAUGCUUAAAGAAUGGAUCAAGCUAAAAUGAAAUGUGCUUACCUGUUCCCCCCACCCUAUAGUUGGAUAGCUUACAAAUAAUGGAAAGAUGGAUCUCACUUUUGCAUCUGGGGGCAUGAUGAAGGUUUUCUGCUGUUCUGCUUCUGCAUAUAUGAAAUUUUGACCUGGUAUGUAACGAGGAACUGGUGCAUGAUGAGCGCAUGACCUUAUACAGCUAGUGGCAACUCGUUUAAGCAAUCUGAAGUCUAGAGGCUGAAGGAAGCGAGAGGCAAUUCUUUAUUUCAGAGUUAUUGAGAACUUUUUAUUGACCUAGAAUGCCUUACGAAAGCUGAAAGGAUCUUAUGCUUACUGAUUGUUCACAUGCACUUGGAGAAAUAUUCUGCAUAUUAUGUCGUAUUAUAUUGCUGAUAAUACGUUGCAACAUUUCCACACUCCAGGUAAGAACAAUCGCUCUCUACUAUUUGCAGGGGAAAACGAGAUAUGGAAGGAGACUGCAUCACUUGCGGUGCAUACAGUACAAGGGAUUUCCCCUUUUGGGCUCGGGAACUAGUAACACGAUAAACUGUUGAUGUUUAGUUAGUUGCCAUUGGAGUAAAGCAUAGCCCAUUGGAUUUAUUUAUUUAUUGGUCACAAGCCUAGUCCAUUAAUUCAGGCUGUUGUAUAGACGAAAGAAGCUUCUGUUAUUCAGGCUCAACCUGUCUUGUAUCAAUUCGGAGUCUCGAGACGUCUUAUGCGUGUCACUUUGUAAUACGAGUCGUAGUAAAAUGGUGGGUAAGGACUUUCCCGACAGGGUGGGAUAAAGAUUUUUACGUGUUAUGGAGUAGCCCCCGGUUUUCUUCC